AUGGUGGUCCCCUUGGCUGCCUGGCUGUGGCUGGUGCGCCUGGCCACCUGCCUGGCUGCUGGGCAUGGCAUGGCUGGCAAGAAGGAGAUCAGCACAGAUGGGGACUUGGUGAUCGGAGGCCUCUUCCCUGUCCAUGAGAAAGGAGUGGGGAGUGAAGACUGCGGCAAGAUCAACGAGCACCGGGGCAUCCAGCGCCUGGAGGCCAUGCUCUUCGCCCUGGAUGAGAUCAACAAGGAUGGGAGCAUCCUGCCGGGGGUGAGGCUGGGCGCCCACAUCCUUGACACCUGUUCCAAGGACACCUAUGCCCUCGAGCAGUCCCUCGACUUUGUCCGUGCCUCCCUCACCAAGGUGGACGGCUCCGAGCACAUCUGCCCCGACGGGUCCUACGCCAUCCAUGACGAUGUGCCCACAGCCAUCACUGGUGUCAUUGGAGGCUCCUACAGUGACGUUUCCAUCCAGGUGGCCAACCUGCUGAGGCUCUUCCAGAUCCCGCAGAUCAGCUAUGCCUCCACCAGUGCCAAGCUCAGUGACAAGUCCCGCUACGACUACUUUGCUCGCACUGUCCCGCCAGACUUCUACCAAGCCAAAGCCAUGGCAGAGAUCCUCCGCUUCUUCAACUGGACCUACGUCUCCACGGUGGCCUCAGAGGGUGACUAUGGGGAGACAGGGAUUGAGGCCUUUGAGCAAGAAGCCCGCAUGCGCAACAUCUGCAUUGCCACCUCAGAGAAGGUGGGGCGCUCCAUGAACAAGAAGACCUAUGACGGGGUGGUCAGGGCUCUGCUGCAGAAGCCCAAUGCCAGGGUCGUUGUGAUGUUCACACGAAGUGAAGAUGCCCGGGAGCUGCUGGCAGCUGCCCAGAGAGCCAACGUGUCCUUCAUGUGGGUGGCCAGCGAUGGCUGGGGAGCCCUGGAGAGCGUGGUGGCUGGGAGUGAAGCGGUGGCAGAGGGAGCAAUCACUAUCGAGCUGGCAGCCUACCCCAUCAAGGAGUUUGCUACCUACUUCCUUAACCUCCAUCCCUACAAUAACAGCCGAAAUCCCUGGUUUCGGGAGUUUUGGGAGCAGAAGUUCAAGUGCAGCCUCCACACGCAGGACUGUAGUCAUUAUUCCCUCAAGACAGGCAAGUUUGAGCCAGAGUCCAAGAUCACGUUUGUGGUCAAUGCAGUCUAUGCCAUGGCUCACUCUCUCCACAACAUGCACCAGGCACUGUGUCCCAACUCCACCAAGCUCUGUGAAGCCAUGAAGCCUGUCAAUGGCAAGAGGUUCUACAAAGACUUUAUACUCAACGUUAAUUUUGACGCUCCCUUCAGGCCAGCAGACACCAACAGCGUGGUUCGAUUUGACCGCUACGGCGAUGGGAUCGGGCGCUACAACAUCUUCAACUAUCACCGCAUGGGCGGGCGGUAUCGGUAUCAGAAGGUGGGCUACUGGGCUGAGGGGCUCAUCCUCAACACCAGCCUCAUCCCAUGGGCCGAGACCUUCAUCCCUGUGUCCCAGUGCAGUGACCCCUGCAAGAAGAACGAGAUCAAGAGCAUGCAGCCCGGAGACAUUUGCUGCUGGCUCUGCAUCCCCUGCCAGCCCUACGAGUACUUGCUGGAUGAGUUCACCUGCAUGGACUGUGGUCUCGGUUACUGGCCCAAUGAGACCCUGAAUGGCUGCUACGAGUUGCCCCAAGAGUACAUCCGCUGGAAGGACGUCUGGGCCAUUGGUCCUGUCACUAUCUCUUGCCUGGGUUUUAUCUCCACCCUCUUUGUUUUUGGAGUCUUUGUGAAGAACAAUGACACCCCCAUCGUGAAGGCCUCCGGCCGGGAACUCUGCUACAUUCUCCUGACCGGGGUCCUCAUGUGCUACAGCAUGACCUUCAUCUUCAUUGCCAAGCCUUCCACCGGGGUGUGCACGCUCCGGCGCCUGGGACUGGGCACCUCCUUUGCCGUCUGCUAUUCAGCCCUCUUGACCAAGACCAAUCGCAUUGCCAGGAUCUUCAGCGGGGUGAAGGAGGGGGUCCAGCGCCCCCGGUUCAUAAGCCCCACAUCACAGGUGGUCAUUUGCAUGGCCCUCAUCUCUUGCCAGCUGAUCAUCGUCAUCAUCUGGCUGCUGGUGGAGACCCCCGGCACAGGCAAGGAGACCGAGCCUGACAAGAGGUACAUUGUCACCCUCAAGUGCAACAACCGCGACUCCAACAUGCUGAUUUCACUCACCUACAAUGUGCUCUUGAUUGUCCUCUGCACGGUUUAUGCCUUCAAGACACGGAAAUGCCCUGAAAACUUCAAUGAGGCCAAGUUCAUCGGGUUCACCAUGUACACGACCUGCAUCAUCUGGCUGGCCUUCCUGCCCAUCUUCUACGUGACUUCCAGUGACUACCGAGUCCAGACAACCACCAUGUGCAUCUCAGUGAGCCUCAGUGGCACCGUGGUCCUUGGCUGCCUCUUCACCCCCAAACUUCACAUCAUACUCUUCCAGCCCCAGAAGAACGUGGCCAGCCACCGUGUGGGCACUGCUCGGUUCAGUGUGGCAGCUGCUGGAUCCAGCCAGUCCCACGGCUCAGCCUCGCAGUUCGUGCCCACAGUGUGUAACGGCCGUGAGGUGGUGGACUCCACAACGUCGUCCCUGUGA